AUGGAGCCGCAGGGAGGCCCGCCGGCGCCGCCGGCCUCGCGCCCGCUCGUCAACCCCGACGAGUUCGGCGAGGUGGACACCUCCAGAUAUCCAGCGCCCAAAGAAGCGACGCACAAGGUGCGCGGGCGCAGCGACGUGCUGGAGCUGAUGUGCGGCGCCGGCGCCGUGGACCCCGAGCUGCUCACCGUCAAGACCUUCUACUUCUUCUUCUACUCCGCCUUCGGCUCCCUCUUCCCGCUCAUGGGUGUCUACUUCAAGCAGAUGGGCAUGAAUGCCGGACAGUGCGGUCUCCUUAUCGGGACGCGUCCGUUCGUGGAGUUCCUGUCAGCGCCCUUUUGGGGCAGUCUCGCGGACCGCUGGCAAAAAGGGCGCACACUUUUGCUAGCAUCCCUGGGCGCGUGGGUGGUGUUCACUCUACCCCUGAGCUGGGUCCAGCCCACGGCCGUCGGGUGCGUGCAGCCUGUCAAUUCCACUGCGUACGAAAUCACUACUCCCAACUAUGACGCAGAGUGGCCGGCCGCGACGCGCACUUUCCGAGGGCCCUCUGGGGCCGGGCGUAAAGGUUCCCCACUGCCCGUUGAUGACGCUUUGAAUUACAAUCCUGAAACUGAAAGCGACUGGGUGACACCUCUCCACUCGUACAUCAUCUACCGCACGCCCGAUGUACAGAAAACGUUCUUCUUGCUGCUUCUUUUGGUGGUGAUCGGGGAGUUUUUCAGUGCGCCUGCUAUAACACUGGCCGAUUCCGCUGUGAUAACACUUUUGGGAGAAGACGCUGAUAGGUACGGCCACCAGCGGAUGUUCGGGUCGCUGGGCUGGGGGCUGGCCAUGUUCUUCGUGGGCAUCGCGCUGGACCACAGCACGGCCUUCAGCGCCCACCCCUGCGGCGGCCCGCAGCGCUACGAGAAGAAUUACACCAUUUGCUUCGCUACGUUCUCCGUGCUCAUGGGUGCGGCGCUACUCACCGCUUCACAGAUAAAAUUCAAGUACGAAUUCGUGAGCCCUGAGCCGGAGCUGGCGGCGGCGCCGGCGGCGGCGGAGCCCACGCACGAGGAGAAGCUGCAGCAGCAGCUGGCCGAGCAGCUGCAGCUGCCCGGGCUCGACACCAGCGCGCCGCAUCGCCCGCAGCCCGCGCUGCAGCAUGCGAAGGUGUUCGCGCAAACGACGCGAGAGAUGCCGGAGUGGGUGACAGUGCUGAAGCAGUUCCAGAACGUGAAGGCCGCCUCGUUCCUGCUGGUGGCCUGGUUCAUGGGCUUUGGCAUCGGCCUCAUUUUUACUUUCCUCUUCUGGCAUUUGCAGGACAUCGACGGCUCUCCUACUCUAUUUGGUGUGGCUUCCGUGAUCAACCACAUCUCGGAAAUCUUCGCUUACUUUUUCAGCUUUAAACUCAUCACACAACUAGGUCACGUCAAGGUACUUUGCUUGGGUCUGGCUGGCAACGUGUUGCGUUUCUUGUACAUCUCGCUGCUGACAAACCCCUGGUGGGUGCUCCCGUUCGAGUUCGUGCAGGGCGUGACGCACGCGGCGGUGUGGGCCGCCUGCUGCUCCUACAUCGCCCACGGGACCCCUCCGCGUCUUAGAUCCUCGGCACAAGGAGUUUUACAAGGCCUCCACCACGGGCUGGGGCGCGGCUGCGGCGCCGUGCUGGGCGGCAUCGCCGUGGCCAAGUGGGGCACGACGCGCACGUUCGCCGGCUACGGGGUGCUGUGCGCGGUGGCGCUGGCGGCGUUCGCGUUCGUGAACUUCCGCGACGGCGGCGUGCAGCUGGCGGGCGCGGAGGGCGCGGCGGCCGACGAGGAGGCGCGCGCCGUGGCCGAGGCCGGCGUGCUGGCGCCGCACGGCGUGCCCUCCAACCCGCUGCCGCGCGCGCUCUCCUCCACGCGCCUCGCCGACCUCGCGCACCACGACUCCUACGGCGCUACACAAAGCUACAGCGGCGUGGAGAGCUUGGGCGUGCCGGGGCAGGCGCCGGUGCGGCCCUCCAACCCCUUCGUGGCGGAGCAGCAGCAGCAGCAGCCCUCCUACAGAUAAGCGACCACGAGCCAACUGUUACUAUGUACUUGUUACUGGCUGGCCGACUACGCCGCGACGAGGCUCCACUACGGGGAGUUCUCGCUGUGGCGGAAUCUGCUCGGAAAAUAUUUUUACUCUGCUACGGUUUCCAUCAAUUCAGUUGUUUGAUUCGCAGUUGUAUUCUAUGUUUUGAGGUGUUUAUUAAGGUAGGACGGACGUGUAUUCACAUAAUAAGUAAUAGUACCAGUGGUACCAGUGUAUUCUCAUCGGAAUCACGUUGGUAGCUCAAACUCUUCAAAAAUGAGCGCAGCAUUCGCUGAGGUCCUGAGGUUAAUGUUGUAAAUACUAUAAAUAUACAAGUACUUAUUGAAUAUUAUUUGUGGGUGCUUAACGUCUUGCGCGAACGUCUAUCUAGGCUCUAUUCAACUAUUAAAUAAGUAUUCACUGUUGCUACGUAAAAUGUUAUUUAUAAAGUGAGAGUGUAAAGAAAUGUAAUGUGAAUUUAUGAAAUUGCGAUGUCAUAUCAUGGUGUGAUCACGUAGCGUGUAUGUAAAAUUAAAUGUAUUUUAUGUAUAGGUGUCGACACUAAGGCCGCGAUAUGUUUAACGCGGUUAAAAUUUGUCUGAAAAAAAUUAACUAGAUUAUGAGUUGCAAUGCAAUACUCAAUAAAAACCUAAAUCGUAGUCACAUUCAUGUCGCGGCCUUAACUAAUUAUUUAGUAAAAUUAUAUACUAACAAAUAUUAUACUACUAAAUGUACCUAAUUUUAUUAGGGUGGCCCAGAAACAAAUGCACGUUUGAAAAUUCAAGGAAACUAAAACUGUACAAUUUUGUAGAACUUAAACUAUUGUAAUUUAAAGAAAAUUUUAUGCAAUUUAUUUUUAAAUUUACUUUCUUUUUAACCCGCUUUUAAUUGAUCGUGUUAGUGUUCCUUAGUUACCUACCUAACUAUGUAAUGGAAUCUAAGAAUCUGAAUUACAUGCACUUCUAAAUUCUUGUAUGACAAUACAAUAUUAUGGUACCAUCCGCAUCGAGCUGGUCUGAUGAUGGGACUGGAAGGUGGCCAUAGGAACACCUAAACGAAAUUUUUGAAACCGCGGAAUCGCAUCGAGUUUGGGUUCAUUUGUUCUGUCUUUUCGAGCACUUUAGUGUUAGAUGAUGUCCAGGGUCCUGAAGUCGAGAGGAUUUUUGGCCUUUUAGUGCAGUAAUUAAAAGCGUGUUUUUAGAUUUUAUCGUACAUGUGAUUUUCCCUUGACUUUUACAACAUUCGAUCAAUAUACCUACUUACAUUAAAAUUCUGGAAAUCUUUCGUUAGACUUAGGUACCUCGAAAUGGAUUCAGGAUGGAUGAAUGCCGCAGAGUUUUUGGAUUAUUAGAGUACCUAUACUCUGCUCAUAAGGUAGGUAACAUCAUCCGCAAGGCUAUGACAGGAGCACAUGGUUUCAUCAAGAUGGGGCUACGUGUCACACUUCAAAUGAGAGCAUUUAGGUGGUAAGAGACAUGUUCCCACAAAAAAAUAAUUUUAGGCAGGGGUGACAUCUCCUGGCCACCAGGAAGCCCUGAUCUCACUCCAGAAAACUCAUUUUUGUGGUGUUUAAGCAACUGAAACUGAACAUUCAGCAAAAAAUGGAAAAUAGGUUUCGAGGUACUUAAUUCUAACGAACGCUUUUCAAGAUUUUGAUGUAAGUAUGUUGAUCGAAUGUUGUAAGCGUCAAGGAAAUCUAAUGGACGAUGUAAUUUAAUAAAGGUAAAUUUAAAAAUAAAUUGCAUUAAAUUUUCUUUAAAUUGUAAUAUUAUACCUAAAUAAAGUUCUACAAAAUUACACAGAUCUUUUUUCCUUGAAUUUUCAAAAGUGCAUCUCUUUCUGGGCCACCCUGUACAUGUCACCGGAAGAUAACAAGAUCCGCAAGUGCGAAAAUGAGAGCGUAAAUUAAUAAGCAGGUACUACAAUUUAUCUCUCGUUUAGAAUCCUACGAAAGUUUAUAAAUUUCCUCGACAAAUUGCGGUUCUUGAUAUUUUCCAGUGACAUCACACUUUUGCUAAAGCUUGAACACUGAACGGAACGGAAAUAUGAAAUAUUCCAAAUUGCGGCCAAAAGCGGCAACAUGGAAGAGUCAGCUUACCAAUAUGUAUUGUCCGAACUCUGACUAGAAGGUUCGUUGUCUGGUAAAACACGUUACAUGUGUUCAAGUUAUAGCAAGGCUUGACGGUCGGGUGAGCGAGCCCGCAACAGUUCUAUGAUCUGAGGGCAGGACGCUCCCCCGCCCGCCCGACGCGUAGGGCGAAGGAGAGCUCGGUAUGUACCUCUAUAUUUUGUUGGAUAUAUUAGAUAUUCUAUAGCUAUACAUAUACAUAAUGUUUGUUAUAUAGAUAUUCAUAUUUGCGUUGGAGGCGGGCCGUCGGACGCGGUCGCGGCACCAGUUAUAUAUUUUUGCACAGUCUGUAUCGAGUAGAUUGAGCCACCCACCCCGCCCUCCCCUACCCCUGCUCCCCCGCGGCUCCGCUCGGUCCCUCACUCUGGUGGCUCCACACUUUAAACUUCAAAUGUAUAAAUAAAUGUUGAACUAUUGAUUUAGUUUUCAUUUGUACUACCUUGCUGAAACCCACAUUGUCGAACUUGAUAAUGAAGUGUUACGUCCUCAAUUGGCGGGAAAGCCCCCGCCAAGACGAACCAGCCAGUGACCUAAUUCACGUAUUUUGAAACAGUCAAAAUAUCGUUGACGUUUAGAAGGGCUCUCCUCUAUCUGGCAGAAUCUCGUUAAGUC